AUGGAAGAACUUUCAAAGGCAAAUGCAAUUCUUCUUCCCCUUGAAUCAAUGCUGUCAAAGGACGUUGCUGGAAUGACUGUUGCUAUAGCCAGGGAGAAAGAAGCCAAUAUGGAUGUGUCUCCAAUUCAUGGACAAGCGUUAUAUCAAUCGUAUUAUUCAAGGAUUAGGGAGUCUAUUCAGGCAUUUAAACCCAUAGUACCAUCACUCACAACAUCUGUGAAGGGUCUGCGCUCAAUGCUGACUAGUCUCGCUCGUACUGCCAGUCUUCAUGCUGGAAAUCUUCACAAGGUAAAGUUCAUGCUUAGCUUAACUGACUUCACUCUAGUUUGUAAGACAUGUAAGUUUGUAGGACAUGUAAGUUUAGGUACAAAAAUGUAA